AUGUUAAUCUAUCACCGCCACCACAACCAAUCAUUUUCUUCCAAAUACCCGAUUUCAGUUGAUAAUCUCGAUCAUUCUGCCAAGUCACCCAUUCUUUGGUUAAGCCCUAAAUACAUUCCACCGCCUAUUGCUUGGUAUUCCUCCUCAAUCAAACUCAAAGUCGCCGGUGUCGUAGAAAUAGAAUCCUCCACCGCCAGGUCGCCACCUCCAAAGGGUUCUGGGUCUCCAUUGUGUAUCCGUAAUCGACCUCAAAACUCCAACGUCGAUCUUCCGAUUUUUCGAUAUUCAGCUCUCCAUCCCAUCGUCGGUCUUCAGAUUUAUGAUUUUAUUGUUGGUGUUAUUGUCUUCGGUUUGAUGGGCACAACCAUGGCCAUAGAAGCUCGAGUAAGGGAGAUUGCAAUUCAAGAUACGAAGUACUUUCCUGAAGCAUCUCAGUUGCAGAAAUAUUUACGUCUCAUGAUUUGUAAUUUUGUUGUCAUGAAUACAGGAAAACAGGUUGAUGAAGAUGGUGGUCUGAUUGAAUUGGUGAUGAAUGCUAUAAUCAAUAAGUUGGUGGUUUAUUGACAACAGGUGGAGGAGUAUUAUGGAAGACACAAUGACUCUAGGAGUCGAAGCACUGGCCUGGAUGGAUAAUCUGGGCGUUCGAUAAACUCAAUGGCGAUCAACUUUUUUUAUUGAUGAGCUGGUGGGAAGGGUAAAAUUGUCCGAAUGCUGAGAAAACCAACUAUAAACCUCUACAUUCCUUAAGAUCAAAGUAGGAUGUCUUAAUUUGACCAUUUGAGAAGUACAAUGCAAUAUUUUAGUUUCAGA